AUUAUUUCUUAUGUACUGUCUCGCUCAUGUCUUGCUAAUGAGUAAUGCUUUGCUGCUUAAAGCUCCUGAGGAAUCGAUAUCAUAAUUUGUAUAUUCCAACCACGAAGAACCAUGUUCCACUAUUUCGAAGCUAUGAUUUUGUCUUGAGCGCGUGUUUUCAAAUUGUUCGUCACAGAAAUGGAUGAACUCAGUUGGGGUGUUGAACUUUGGGAUCAAGUAGAGAGUCUUUUUAAACAUGAAAUCGAUCAGAUCGGGCUAACUGAGUCCUACUUCAAACUUUUCUCCGAUGUCCAAAAGUUACAGCAUGAAUUUGGAAAGAAACUAAGGAAAACGGUUUCUGUAUAUUUACCGAGGAAGAAACCCGAUGUUGACGAAUUAUCUUCUGUUCUGACAUAUUCAAGUAUCGUUCCACAGAUACUUGAAAUGGGUGUAACACAUGAGGCUAGUUCCAAAAAACUUAAUGAAUCUGUUGUCAAUCCAUUGAAAACUCAAGUCGAAAAUGAGAAGAGAUCCUUGGAAAAACAGCGUUCUCAUUGGUCAAAGCUAAACGCGACCAUAGAACAGUCGCGUAAACAGUUAGAAUUAAGCUGGCAAAAGUAUGUAACCAAUUUCAAAGAAAGGCAGAAAGCAUAUGAGGUUUCGGAAAAGGCUCAAAACGAUAUCCAACUAGCGCGGGUCGAUCAACAGAAGUUUGAAGCUCUUUAUCAAAGUAAAAUGCAGUCUUUUGAUCAAGCUAGUAGAAAUUACGUCGAUGAAUUAGCUAAAUACAAUAUAGCCAAUCGACGUUACUUCAGCACAGAUAUAGUGACUUUUGUAGAUGAUAUGGAAUGUUCAAGUCGUAUGCGAAAUAAUCGUACUCGUGAACUUUUACUGAUGGUCACCCGCAUUAAUGAAGAAACAAUUUCCAAACUUACUAGCUGCAACAAGCUGAUUUCUGAGGCUGUUUCUGCUCUUGAUUCCUCCUAUGACUCAGCUAAGGUAAUAAAGAGGUUGCAUACAGAUGAACAACCUCCUGCUGAUUUACCAUUCCUUGAUUUGGAUAAAUGUCCUCCAGGUAUUUUGGAUGGUUCUGUCUCAGAACUGGGAGCUUUAAUACUUGGUGUCGAGUCAGCAGAAUGUUCAAAUCAGUUAAAUAACUCAGGAAGUGCUAUUUCAGGAAGCGGGAUGAUGAGUGGACUCAUUCGGUCUACUCACAAGAAUUCAAAGGAUGAAUAUCUUAGUUUACGCUCACCAUUUAUUUGUGGCAUUAGUGUAAAAAGUAUAAAAAAUACAGAUUUAACUAUCAGACAAGUUGCUGACCGGAUAAAAGUACUAAGGGACUUGGUUAUGAAGACUGAUAAUGAACUACGAAGUACCGAUCGUAUGAUUGAAUCCUGUCGGACAAAUCCUAAAUUCGGAGAUAUGGAAUGCUUAGUUCGAGCAGGUGCUACUUACAGUAGACGUUUAAAUUCUUUAAAGCAACACAUUAAAGAACUUGAGAAAUAAUAUCAGAUAUUAGUUAUGACAAAUAUACUAAUCUGUCUUACUCUCCCUGCAAAUACAUGUAUGGAAAUACGUAGAACUGUAAAUGUGAAUAAUUAAGUAGAAGAAAAUUGUCAUACCUUAAAUAGAAGUUCACUCAAUCUUUAAUCAAUGACAAAGAAACAAAACAGUCUUUAUUGAAGUUGUUAUUGAAAGUUUUGCUCUCCGAUUCUCUCGGAAAUCAGUGUAUAUAUCGAUAUAUAAUAUUUAUCGGUAAAUAUUUGUUUAGAUUAUGGUUUAGCAAAUAUUAGCUCACUAUUCGUCAUGACAAUUAUUUGAGUUCGUAUUUUGUUUAACUAAUACUAAUACUAAAAUCAGCUUUUGUUGUAGCGUGAACCAUAAACUUACACUUGGUAGAUAAUGAGAAAUCAACAAAGAGUUACUUUUUAAAACAUAAAAAUCUUGGUUAGUUAAAGUUGUAUGUUUCAUGCUUUGAACAGAUAUAUCAUACGAAAAAAGUAAGAUGUAAACCGAUAGAUAAAUUGAUAAACUAGCUAAAAAAUCAUUAGUGUUUAUGUAAUUAGUUAAUUUGCUCAUUUUAUUCGAGACCGUGAUUGAAAACUAUAAACAAAUAUAUUUCAACCGUAUAUCUAUCAAGUGAUCAGUCAUAAAUGACGUAGAAUAUGGCACACAUGUGUAUAGACACAAGUUGUCACAUCUGAAUGUGAUGAAAAAAAGAAAAAAAUCAAUAGGAUAAAAAGAUCAUAAGAAUCCCAAUAAUGAUAUUAAUAAUAAGAUUCAUAAUGGCGAAAUGAAAACACAACGAGAGCAUUCGAUUUAUUUUGAAAAUAACGGGUUAAUGUGUGAACAAAAUACAAUUAUGAACUAACAUUCCAAUUUAACAUCUAGAAAAAGAUAAAGAUAUAAACUACUGUGAUAAACAUCAAGCUAUAACUUCACCUAAUGCGUCUAACCAUGGAUUACGAAUUACCCACUUAUCUCGACCAUAAAGUCUGCAUCUUCAAGUGACUGAGAAAAUUUGACGAAUACCACCUGAUACUGAGUAUUCAAGGGGUUCUUAAUCGUUUAGACCAGUUUCUUAAAACAUUCAAAUAUUGCAAUAAACCUUCGUGUCUCGGAUUUGUUUCGGCCAAAUAAUUACGAAUGCUGAGCAUACUUACUCACGUGCUUUUACAAAAAGAAGCUUACAAGCUACCGCGAUGUUUGCUGGAAAACGUAAAUGUUGACACCAUAUUUAAUGGAAUAUUCUCCUCUUUGUUUCUCUUUUGAGGAAACUACCAGUCAGUUACACUAGAAUGCAUGAAUCUAAUGUAUGGUGGACGAAAGUGAAUAGUUGUCUUAGCUGAACUGGUAGAAAGCUUUCUCCAUUAAAGGUGAAUGACAGACACUGACUAUUUAAACAUAAAAUAUAUUUUUGAAUAAUUAGAGUUUGAGUGUAAAUUAAAGGGAAGUUUUCUUUAAUACUAGAUAAUUGAUGCUGAGUUUUUUAGUAUAAUAAAAUUAAUAAUAAUAUUAGGUACACCGAACGUUAAUUUUAGCCUUGUUAUUGUUGGUGACACAGAGAAUCAAGUCAUCCGAAUAUCUCUUAAACAUUUACUUGUGUAAAUGCACGACUAAGUGGAUUCGAUCUUCAACUUUGAAGCCAAGCGAGUUUUUUUUCAGUUUUGGUGGUGUUGAGUGCUGUUGGAAGUAUGUGUGGUUAUCACUUCCCUGUUGCCCACACCGUGGAAGUGUUCUUCUAGAGGUACCAUAAAGGGAAAUCGCGUUGGAGUUGGUCUAGUGACCUGAUAGCAUGACUGCAGUGCCAAAGGGAUAGCUGCUUGAGGCCGGUCAAGCACGGCUUUUCGUGAGUAAUUUUUGUGUUAGCUCCCUACUUCUUGAAAUUUUACCACUGGGAAUGGAAAUCUGUGGGAUUAGGCUAUUAAUUGGUUUAUCAGUUCACAUCUUUAACAUUUUGGUUAAGAGUUAGAGCAUACGAAAAUACUACCACUAAUUACUUGUUUCUAGAUACCUUUUGAUCUGAAUUAUAGAUGUUGAGUUCUCUAAGUUUCUAUCAUUAAUUAUAAUGAAACUAUGAUUAAGUUGCUCAUUAAAAAAUGUGAUCAUUUUUAGGUGAAAUUCAACAAUCUAGGUGGUGAUCUAGCUUAUACAAAAGCUGAAUCAAUAGCUGAAAAGCUUAGUUCACGUGCUGUAAUCAAUAAUAACACAAAUACUUCUAAGGUUCGAUCUGUAAAUACUAAAUCUCUUGAUGAUGAUGAAGAUGAUGAUGAUGAAAGUGAUCAUUCAUUUGAUUCGGAUGCUGACGUUGCUACGAAUAACAGUAAAGAUGAUAGUACUGUAAACAGCAGUUCGGAUCUACACGCAGGAACUCGAUAUGUUGGCUAUGCUUCUGCUCUGUACGAAUAUGAAGGUGAUGGGAGUACAUAUUUAGCAACAAAGCCCGGAGAAUUGUAUUAUGUUUUAAAAGUAGAUUCAACUAAUUCUGGAUGGACAGCUGUAGUAUCUGAAGAUGGAACACGUCAAGGUUUUGUUCCAACUGGUUACAUCAAUUUAACCCUUUAUUGAAUUGUCAGUUUUUAUCAAUUUGUUAAUUUUUGUCAUUUCCACCUUCCCCUAAUUCUCAAUUCAAUUUUACUGUUAAUAUGAGUAUUACAGCUCUUCCAGUUGAAUGAAUUAGUAUUUUCCUCUUUUCAUUAAUAUUGAAAAUAAUAUAUUGGUUUGUACAUUCACUCCUCUGACUUAAUUAUUGACACUUUAAUCUUUAUUAUUUUCAAUUAUUAUCACUACUGUUAUGUAUGACUAUUCUUAUUCUCUAAUAGUUGACUUUAAGUCUACACAAUCAGCUUAAUUAUUUGAAAAUUCCACCUCUGUACACCAGUUACUUUUCACAUAUAUUACAAUAAAUGUUAAAUGUACAAUACAUUAAUCAUUCAUAACACCUUGAACACUUAACACACUAGUGCCUUUACUCAUGAUUCACUGCAACUUAUUGAUUGAUGUUAUGAUUGUAUUAUCUCAUUGUUUUUCUUUUCAAUAAUGUUCACCUUUUAAAAACGAAAGUCACCUUAUCGUUAACAUUCAGUUUGAUUUUGUAUUCCAAUAUCAUUAAAUAAAAGUCAACUAGUGGUAUUAAUUUAUUGAUCAUCUAGUCUUUAAUAUUUCCAAUAUAAUUUAUCCAAUUUGUCCAUUCCUAUUAUUGCGUAAUCAUUAAGCUUGUAUUCAUUUAUUUAUUUUUUCAUUUAUGAAACAUGUUGAUAAUGAUGUUUCGCAAGAUUUGGUUUGCUUAAUAUGUAUUCCGUUUUCUAUUAUUUUCUUCUAUUCAAAAACGAUAUACCCUAAUUCUUGUACAACAUACACUUAUGAACAAUAAAAUGAUUUUAAAAACAGGUAUGACACUCAACAAUUUAUUUGCUUCAUUGUCUGACUGCUGAAUCUAUUUUCAAUGCAUCAUAUUUGCGAACCUCUGUUUGAUUUCAUUAUUUUUCUCAUCUUUUUGUCUGUUUUUUCCUAACUAAUUUUAGCUGACGUAAUUUGGUAAAUUGUGUGGUUGUAUAUUUUAUGUAUUAAUUUUUCUACAUAUAAAGAGGAUACUAUAUAUAUUGGUGUUUCAGUUAUGCUAGAUACUAACGCCUUUCUCAUCUGUUGAUUGGUAAGUGGCAUGGUAGCCUUCAAUUCACCUUGUAGUUAUUUAAUAAACCAUAUGUGUUUACCCU